AUGUCAGUUACAACCUACUCGAAUAAUACCUCGCCAACGUCGUUCACUCGAAGGAAUAUUCGAUCAUCAUCAACAACAGCAUCAGCAUCGCCCAACGCGAUGACAAACGAACAUUCCCGACUUCCCCUUCAAACAAAUCAUCUGCACCUUCCAAUUCCACCGAUUGGUGAUUCAUUACGAGUGAAGCCAAAUCGAAUUCGUCAUUCAGUUUCGUCACAGAGCCCAACAACACCGCGUCAUCAUUUCAAUACCGAUAAAAGUAUUUCGGCGAAAUCGUCGAAGCAAAUCUAUACAUUUAGUAAUCCGCCGCGUGAACUUCAGCGAAUUCGCCACUUCUCGAAUCAGAAUCUUGGCCGGCAACGUGUUGCAUCGGCGCCUGAAGAAAACUCUCCUCGGUCGAGAUUGACUCAACCAAAAGUUUUAUCUGCAAAUGAUUCCUCCAUGUUACGUUCAUACUCAAAUCAAAGUCAUAUUAAACCAGACGAACAACAACAAUGGUCACUGAAUGCACUCAUCAAAGAACAGAACAAAUCGAAAGUGCCCAAAGCUGUACAAAAACGACGCAUCCGCUUCCUUUUUCACUGUCCACCAUCGAAACAAGAACAAGUUCCAUUGGUCUUAGACAGCAAUCAAACAUCACCGCGAUCGUCAUCGUCUCAAGAACAUCCAAUUCUUCCUCUUAUUUUAACACCACGAUCAACAGAGGAUCUUGUGGAUAAUAAUGAACCCGAAAUGGCUGAUUCAAUGCAAUUAGCAGCCAUUCUCGCUGAAAUUCAAUUAGAAAAAGACUGGAAUCCCAAUGAAACAUUAUCAAAACAACAACAGCAGCCACAAUUAGUAUUAGACUCAAGUAAAUACGAGUACGAUGUUUCAAACCCAGCCGAUGGCACCACAUUCAGAUUAUCACCACGGACAUUAAAACCCGAUGAAGAACUAGCAGCGCGCAAACGUUUCGCUCAAUACUAUCAACACGAAAUGCGCUCAAGUGCGAAUGCCAAGAUACCAUCUUUACUAGCAUCAAUCGUAACUGAGAACAAUGUAACAAUCGGCAACAGUCUUGACAUUGGUCCAACAUUUACUUUCAAACUCAAUUCGAGCGAUUCGAUGAAGAAAACCACGUCGAAUAAUGAUAAUGAAGACAGUCUCGGUUCGACGACGGACAGCGAAUUAGUUCAAUUGUGUUACGAUGCCACAUUGAAAUUAUUUUGUGAUCCCGAAACAGGUUUAUACUAUGAUUUAACAUCGACUUAA